ACACAAAAAAAAUAAUUUGCACGGCCCAAGAGUUUUCUAGACAGGUACUACAAUUUUUUCUACAUGUUUCUUCCCCGCCCAGAAUGUUCAAUUAGACCUACAAUUUCUCCAACAUCAUUUUAACAAAAAUGGAGUUAUUCGAAAAGAUGCCAUCAUCAAAGACAAUUUUGACUGCAGCAACUUCUCUUACUGCUUCAGCAAUUCUCUUUAAAUCCAUAGCUAAUGACCUUGUACCUCAACAAAUUCAGUUAUUCUUUUCUUCACGAUUUCAGAAAUUAUCGAACCGUUUUUCUUCGCAGUUGAUUGUGGUUAUUGAAGAGUGUGAAGGUCUAACUACCAACCACAUGUUUGAUGCUGUUAACGUUUAUUUAGGUGCAAAGGUUAAUGGUUCGACUCAAAGGAUUAAAGUUAAUAAGCCUGAUAAAGAUGAAGACCUCGAAGUUAGUGUUGAUAGGUACCAGGAAGUAACAGAUUCUUAUGAAAAUGUCAAAUUCACAUGGAUCAUGAAGUCCAGGGGAAUCAAACAGAGUGAAAAGAGCACCAAUCCGAAGACAGAGCUUCGAUAUUUUGAACUAAUUUUUCACAAGAAGCAAAAGGAGAUGGCUUUAAAAUCUUAUUUACCAUAUAUAUUGAGGAGGGCCAAAGAGAUUAAGGAAGAUAAAAGGGUAGUACGGCUACACACUGUGGAUUAUAACGGGACUGAUUAUUGGAGUUCUGUGGUGUUAAACCAUCCUGCAACAUUUGAUACAAUGGCUAUGGAACCAGAAAUGAAGAAGGAACUGAUUGAGGAUCUUGACAUGUUUGUAAGUAGGAAAGAUUAUUAUAGGAGAGUUGGCAAAGCUUGGAAACGAGGGUACUUGUUCUAUGGACCGCCUGGUACUGGAAAGUCGAGCUUAGUUGCAGCUAUGGCUAAUUACCUUAAGUUUGAUGUUUAUGACUUGGAUCUAAGAGAGGUGCAGUGCAAUUCGGAUUUGAGAAGGUUGUUGAUCGGUUCAGCAAAUCGCUCUUUACUUGUGAUCGAAGACAUUGAUUGCAAUGUGGGGUUAAAGAAUAGGGAAAAUGAGAAUGACACAACUGAAGAUGACAAGAUUACACUCUCUGGGCUGUUGAACUUCAUUGAUGGCUUGUGGUCGAGUUGUGGGGAUGAACGAAUCAUUGUGUUCACAACGAAUCACAAGGACAGACUUGAUCCAGCAUUGUUGAGACCUGGACGUAUGGAUGUGCACAUUGAGAUGUCAUACUGCACUUUCAGUGGUUUCAGAGUACUUGCUUCUAAUUACCUAAAGGUAGACGAGCACAGGCUGUUUAAGGCAAUUGAAGAUCUGUUCCGGAGAGUUAAGGUAACACCAGCUGAAGUAGCAGGAGAGUUGAUGAAGAGCAACAACGCCAACGUUGCACUAGAAGGCCUUGUCAAAUUCCUUCAAAACAAGGAACAUGAGGUUAUGACAAGAAGCUAAACAACAUUGCUGACUAAAACAGAUAAGACUUUAGAUCUCCAGUAUAGAGUGAUUGAUAUUCUUUCAUAUGAUUGAACACAAUUUUUCUGAUGCUUGUGGAACAUGAUUAUCUUGAUUCAAUUGCUUCGUGUU